UGUAUUUUUCAGCCAUGGCUAUGACUCUGUGUGAUGACGCACUUCUCUGUAACUUCCCAAAGUGUCGGGCAAAGCUCAGUGGCUUUGCGUGGGUCACUGCCUGCUCGCAUGUAUUCUGUGAUCAGCAUGGCUCUGGACAGUUCAGCCGCUCACCUGCCAUCUGCCCGGCGUGCUCCUCCGCUCUCUCUGGAAAACUGGACAUAGUCCGCACUGAGCUGUCGCCCUCAGAGGACUACAAAGCCAUGGUCCUGGCAGGUCUGCGGCCGGACAUAGUUCUGGACAUCAGUACACGAGCACUUGCUUUCUGGAACUAUCAGGUUCACCAGGAGCGCAUGUAUCAGGAAUACAGCUUGUCAAGGGCUGAGGGUCAACUGAAGCAAAUGGAUAAGGUUUUGACACAACAAAAUCAGAGCAGAGAAUUGGAGCUCUCUGCCAUGAGAGGAGAAAUUGCAUCCUUGAAAAAGAUGAUGGAAGAGUACAAGAGAAAGUACAGUGAGGUGUCUGAAAGGCUGAUGGAGAGAAACAGGCAAUAUCAAAAAUUGCAGGGGCUUUAUGACUCCCUCAGAAUGAGGAACAUGGUGGUUGGAAUGGGAGAUAGAGAGAUGCCUAACCACGAACAUCAUGACUUCAAUGCAGGGAUGGCUCGACUCACAACGCCCCAGAGCCCACAGUUCCUCUCUGUGGGCCAUGACGGGGACAGUAGGUUCUUCUCGUGUCUGGAGCAGGAAGGAGCAAAGUCAUUCUUUCAGUUCAGCACCCCUACAAAGGAUAAGGGCCGCACUCUUGUCAAGAAACACUGAGAGGGGCAUUAAUGACAUGAAUUUUUGAAGUGGUCAUUUAGGAUAUAGCAUAACAAUCAAUCUUAUCUAAUGGUGUACUAUAUGAUAGAGCUUGUUAAUAUGUUUUGGUAUAUUAUUUAAUAUAGUUGUUAAGUUAUUUACUACAUAUGCAAUAAUACAGUUGGCAUAUUUACAGAUGAAUAAUAAAAUGUAAU